AGGAGGAGGGCUUCUGUCCGUCCUCGAAGUGCACGUGCUCAGAUCCUCGGUGGUGGCCCUUCGCCGGAGUGGCCCUCGGGCGCGCGGCCCUCGGGGGGCGCGGGGGGCCACGCCCGAGCCCGCAUGCCGCCACUGUCGCGUCGCACUCAGGAGGGAAAGAAGCACACAGACACAAUGAACCGUCGACUCCCGGGGAAAUAUGCAGAACUAUGGGAAGUGGGGGGGAAGACAAAAACCCCAAAGAUAUGGGGAAAUAUGGGACACAUUUUUAUUUGUGUGUAUUUAUUUGUGUGUGUCCUCGGGCCCCUUCACGCACGCGGGCGGGCAAGCCGCGCACCACGGUGCGCUCCUGCCCAGGGUCGCCCCUUGCGUGGUGGCCAAGAGGUGUCGAUGCUCCCGCAAGAGCAGAUGUUCUGGGGCGGCCAGCCCGUGAAUCGGAUGCUCUUCGUGAGGGUCGGGUCUGUCUUCUACAAGGACGAGACGACCACACAGACAUAGAGACCUUGCAGGUCAAAGUCGGCGAGUGGGCCUGCGAGGAGACUCUCUGGUCCAAGGUAUCGUUGCUUUCUAGGCCUUUGACAGCCUCUACAUUGGGCUGCGAGCUGAUCACCAUCUUGCCGUCGGAGUUCCAGAUGCUGACUAGGAUUCACCCCCCGGCGCUGAGGUUCUGCGUUUCUUACGCAAGUGUGUUCAUCAAGUCGUUCAAUUGCGCAAGCAAGGACCCAAACUAUCGAAACUUGCUGUUCAACGACUUCCAGGAGACAUCCAACAUGGUGAUGGAGGCAUGCACCGGCCUCGACGAUCACCUGUCAAACAAGCAGGGCACCAGGUACCAAGUCAGCCAGAGCAAGAAGAACCUGCUCAGGGUCGGACGGUCGCGCCGCGGCUCGAGGGAGUCCUGAGGCGGCCCGCGGCGGCCGCGCGAGGGCGGCGCCCCUGCUCUGCUGGCCCCUCUGCCCGGGGGCGCGCGCGGCUCUCGCGGUGACCGGCUGCCGUCGUCCUCCGCCCUCGGAGGCCUCGGGUUCAACUGAUCGGGGCGGACCCCCCAGCAGGCCCCCCCCCCGAGACCUAAUGCUGACGCCCCGACGACCCGAUGCGGCCCGGAGCUUGCAUGGCGACGCUGUGUGCAGCCUGGCGCGGCCGGCCCGGUCCGCCUCCGACGCCGUGCGGGGGCGCCCCGAUCUGGCGCACCUUCCGAGACGGUCCGAUGUCUGGAUAGGAUGUUGGGUGAUCUUGCCGUCCGUCAACGAGGAGG